GCGCUAUUAGGGUUUCACAAUCGUGAUUCGUGAAGGGAGAGCAUCAGAGCGGCAGAGCUUACAGGAGCCAUGGUUCUCAAGACUGAACUCUGUCGCUUCAGUGGUGCCAAGAUUUAUCCUGGGAGAGGCAUCAGAUUUAUUCGUGCAGAUUCUCAGGUUUUCCUGUUUGCCAAUUCAAAAUGUAAAAGAUAUUUUCACAACAAGCUGAAGCCAUCCAAGCUUACAUGGACAGCCGUGUAUAGGAAGCAGCACAAGAAGGAUCUUGCACAAGAAGCUGUUAAGAAGAGGAGACGUGCCACAAAGAAGCCUUACUCUAGAUCCAUAGUUGGUGCAACCUUGGAGGUCAUCCAGAAGAAGAGAGCUGAAAAACCAGAAGUCAGAGAUGCUGCUAGGGAGGCUGCACUCAGAGAAAUUAAGGAAAGGAUCAAGAAGACUAAAGAUGAGAAGAAGGCAAAGAAGGCAGAGGUGAUGGCCAAGUCACAGAAGGCAGGAAAGGGUAACAUUCCCAAGGGUGCCGCACCAAAAGGUCCUAAGAUUGGAGGAGGUGGUGGGAAGCGCUGAGCUAAACCCUUUUUUGUUUCGCAUCUUGGCAAAAUUUAGAGCAAUAGCUAGUAUUUCCGAUUUUGUAAGAUGGAACAAGUGUCAUUUUGGUUCUGUGUGCUGAAAUAUUUUUUUUCUUCCAAAUUUGAGUAUGAAGACUGGCACUUUAAUGUUUAUUGAUGAUAUUGGGAUGAUGAAUCCCAGGCAGACUUGGAUGGCAGAUAUGGUUUAUCAUUU